UUUGUUUUAUACUGAAAGUGUGAUACCUACCGGAAGUAUGAAAUUUGAAAAAGGAAACGUGGAUGUUGUUGUGGCGCUCUAAUUGUGAAUAAAGCAAAACCACACUGUUCAGGUUGAGAAGCUAUUAAAAGGCUACAGCCAUGCUUACCUGUGAUAUCUGUGGUGAGGAGAUUUUGUUCGAAGAGGACAUGAAGACACAUAUCCUCCUCAGCCAUGUGGAAAAUGACAUGCACUGCCCACUCUGCUCGUUGUCAGGAGUGUCAUAUGAUGAACUCUGUUUCCACAUCAGCUCUGCACAUCCAGAGGAGCAGCAAAUAUCACAGACUGUCACUCACCUCACAUCCACGAGCACAGGAACGUCAGCAUCAAUGCUACCCGAACAAAGCAGUUCACCUGGGAGUGGGUGCGUGCCUCCUGUAAAAACCUCUGCAAUUUCAACAAAGAAAACCAGACAGACAUCGGCCAGUCACUGUAAUAACGACAUUAAUGAACCUAAACCUGAGCACAAAAAAGCCAAACAACAGACACAACUGUCUACAAAAAAUGAGCUCUUCACCUGCCCUUUGUGUGGCCUGGUCUGCAGCAGCAGUUUCCUUCUGCAGGAGCAUGUUGAGUUGCACCUGGAGGAGAAGAAUGCAGCUACAGGACAGUCGAGACUUGAAUGUCCCGUGUGUUCCGUUGUCUGCAGUGACGAUGACUUGCUGCAGAAACACGUGGAGCUGCAUUUAGACCAUGCAGCAGGGAGUCCUGUUUCUGACCUGGAGCUGGCCAGGCAGCUGCAGCAGCAAGAGGAGGAGCAGAGGAGGAAGCAGGAGGAGGCCCAGGAGGAAAGAGAGUUCAAGAAGCUGCAGAAGCAGUUUGGUUUGGACGGCAGCGGGGGCUACGGCAGACAGAUGGAGAAGACUAUGGAGAGAGCUGUAGCCAGGGGCCUCUUGGAACCGGCAGAGUUUCACUGUAAAAGAGCUGAGAUGAUGGCGUCUCUGGCUUCAGGGGUGGAUGAUUGCAGAACCAGGACUCAAGGUGUGGUCAGAACAUUGAAUGAAUACUACCAAACGGCAGGCAGAGAGUGCGCUCACGUGUGGCUGAGUGCGGACACUGACCACUACUGCUCCUCACAGGGCGAUAAAGGCUGGGGUUGUGGAUACAGAAACUUCCAGAUGCUUCUCUCCUGCCUACACAGCCUGGACAAAUAUUCUCCUGUUCUACAAGAUAAGGCAGUACACAGCAUCCCUCGCUUGCAAAAUUUGAUUGAGGAGGCCUGGCAACAAGGUCUGGAUCCACAAGGAGCGUCCCACUUUAAUCAGCGUCUGCAGGGAACACGGGCCUGGAUCGGAGCCACAGAGAUCUACUGUCUUCUCACCUCUUUGCAGAUCAGUGCUCGUAUCAUUGACUUUCACCAACCGACGGGGCCCAGUAACACUCAUCCCCGGCUCUUUGAAUGGGUCAAGCAUUACUUCUGCCAGACCAGCGACAGCAGCAGAUUGCCCCCACGAGUGGUGCAGACCACACUGCCUCCACUUUACCUGCAGCACCAAGGUCACAGCCGCACUGUAGUGGGUCUUGAGCAGAGAAAAAACGGCAGCCUUUGCCUCCUUGUUCUCGACCCUGGGUCAACAGUGUCGGACAUGAGGAAGCUAAUGAGCAGGGACUCCGUGGCCACAGCCAUUCGUCACAUCAGGAAGUUCCCCAGCAGCCUGAAGCACAAACAGUACCAGGUGGUGGCAGUACAGGGUGUACUGUCUGCAGAGGAGAAACAGAUUAGCAUCUCAAACUCCGGGACAUUAUGUGCUGAGAGGAUCCCAUGAACAGCAGCACACCCUUUUUAUCCUUUCUAUCGCUGUCUGUCUUUAUUGUUGUCAUGUCAGGAGCUGUUGAAUGUGGAUGAUUGUGAAUAAAGUUUAACAUAUUUUUAAACCUUU